CGACAUACCAGCCAACCGACCUUUACGGCAACCCCUCAACCGCAACCAUGUCUCACGAAUCUGUCUGGUACUCGCGUCCUCGCACCUACGGCAAGGGCUCCAGAGAAUGCCGCGUCUGCACCCACAAGGCCGGUCUCAUCCGCAAGUACGGCCUGAACAUCUGCCGUCAGUGCUUCCGUGAGAAGUCCACCGACAUUGGUUUCAUCAAGCACCGCUAAAUGCAGCGCCCCUCUUUCUUGGGUGGUGCCUGCGACGCAAGAUUACAUGGGUUCAAUGGCUCUUACUAUCGGACAUGCAAUGAA